AGUACAGAUAAAGUACGAAAAAACGACCGUGUUCGUCAAUACCCAUUAGCCGAGCGGACGCUCAACUUCGAGACCAGCGUUAUGUUAAAGGGAGUGUAAGUGCCUCGUAGGUACUGCUGUAACCAGUCAGCAUGCUGUCAAUUAGGUGUCUUAAAGCAAUCUUGGUAGAACAGGCGAAGCUAAAAUACCUUUACUCCUAUGGACUAUGGAGGUAUAAAGUGGGCUCCAACUUUGAACUUAUGGCAUUCAUUUAAAACUUUAUAUGAUCGCAGACAAAGAAACACGGUAACUGUAAAAUGAAUAUGCAACUUUCAAAUCACCUUUUCACUUAUUUCGAGCAGCUGGCUUUGAGCCGGAGUGACAUCCAUACUGACGUCAUAUAUCGAGCGGAGCCGGAGGUAAACGCCCGUUUCCAUAGAAACGAGUUUGUUUGAUCAGUUGAUCGCACGCCUUUAUCGCCUUGCGCACGCCCGUUGGUGCAUGGGUGCAUGGCACAUUUGGGCUGAGUGUGCGCUGGGCUGUUAAGCUUCAAGAGCCACCUUCCGUAUAGGUAUUGAAACAAGAAGAGGACGCCUUUAUUUUGCGCAACAGCACCGUAUACGAGUUGAGGCCAAGUGAGUUCGUCGAUGUGAUGUGCCCCGUUGUGAAAUGGCCAGAGUGUCGGACAUCGCUGUCUCGGCCCAGAUCAUGAGGUCGUAUCAACUGUAACGAGCGACGCCAAGAAGUUUCACCAAUUUGCUGCAUCGAAACUGCUGAUCGCUGUGAAUUCGUGCUAUCUGCAAAGCGUCAAGUGUUAACCGAGGCGCAGACAGAACCGUCUACCUGCUGCGAUCUUCUCACCGUUCAAGAUGGCUGGUCCACCACCCCGCUCCAUUGAUGCCGGCAUCUUCAACGUGGCCCGGCCGUCUUACAGCGCCUCCACGCUGCAGCUGGUGAAGCUGCUCAUGGAGGAGACCAGAGUGCCCAAGCAGCAGCAGCGUCUAUUUGAGCAGUCCCUGCGGUCGGGACAGCCGCUGCCAGCACCGGCCCGGCGCGGACCCAGAGGCGGUCGCCGUCCCGUCGCUGUAUCCGUCUGCAAAACAGACAAUGGAGGCGGCCGAAGGACCCGAGACACCAUCACACGACUGGAGAACGAGCACGGCUCGCCACCGGCGUACCGGCCACGACCCGGCCGCGACCGGGACGCCGAGCGCGAGCGGCUGGCCUACGUGAUGACCCACGGCCGCCAGCAGCCGGGCGAGGACAUGUCGCCGUCGGAGGAGCCGGAGAGGACACCUCCUCAGGAGGACCGCUUCGAGGAGCUCUGGCAGGAGGUGGAGGAGCGACGUCAGUUCCUGGCGGAGAUGCGUCAGCUGGGUCGAGGUGAACAGUACGAGCCCAUCAUUCGUGGCGAGGUGGCGCGACUGGUGCAGGAGAUGGAGGAGCUUCAGAAACAGGAAGCCAACGGCGACGGACAGCAGGGUAGAGGGAGCGGAAAUGAGUGAUAUUGUGUUCGGCGUGGCUCUGCUAAGGCCAGCUAUGGACUGGAAACAACGAGACUCAACUCAGGAGAAAGCCAGUAGGGCAGUGGUGAUGCGGUGGUGUAUGAAAGCCGGAGACUGACGGAUGACAGUCGGUGAUAGUGUAGAAGUGGUGCAUGACAUGACGUGGUCACGAGAGGAGAGGAAGCUAGUGGCAAAGUUUGAUGAUCGUCGUUAUCGUCGAUGAUCCCACAUCGACGAUGUCUUGGGCUUUGAGGUCAGGAGGAGCCAUAACAGACAUGGAUGGCGACUGUGACGGACUUCUCGAUUGCUUUGGUCUUCAGUCUGCUGAAUGCUGACAUAAAUUACGCAUGAUUGCUAUGCAACGUUA